AUGAAAAGUGAUACCGGCGUUAUGAUAGGAGAGAAAUUACCAAAGUGGGCCAUCGAAAGAUACAGCCGGCAAAUCUUACUACCGGAUAUAGGAGUGAAAGGGCAGGAGAAAUUAAUGGAUGCAAAGGUUUUAAUAGUAGGGGCUGGAGGCUUGGGGUGCCCGUCUUCUGUGUACCUCGCUGGCGCUGGUGUGGGAGAAAUAGGCAUCGUGGACUAUGACACAGUAGACGUGACGAACAUACACCGUCAGAUAUUGCAUGGUGAAAGUGAUCAGAACAUUAGUAAAGUGGAGUCCGCUGCGAAUAGCUUGAGAAGUAUAAACUCAACGAUAAAAGUGGUUCCGUACAAUAUGGAGUUGACUCCUUCGAACGCUCUGGAACUGGCUGCAAAGUACGACAUUAUCCUCGACUGCACAGACAAUGUACCCACGAGAUAUAUGUUGAACGACGUCAGCGUGUUGAAUAAGAUGCCCCUGAUAUCCGGCAGUGCGUUGAAAAUGGAAGGGCAGCUCACUGUAUACGGAUACAGAGCGGAGAGGAAUCCGAAUGAAAAGGACAGUACGUACAGAGGCUCGUGCUACAGAUGUGUAUUCCCGACCCCGCCCCCCGCGGCCGCGGUCGGUAGCUGUUCCACUACCGGGGUCGCCGGCCCGGUGCCCGGGGCUAUAGGCACCCUACAAGCGCUAGAAGCUAUCAAACUGAUCGUAGGAAAGACACACGACAGCCUGCUAGUAGGCCGGAUGCUGCUGUUCGACGGUGAAGACAUGUCCUUUAGGAAUGUAAAACUCCGCGGUCGCAAUCCUGAAUGCGACAUAUGUUCAGAGAAUCCUAAAAUAACGAAGUUACUUGACUAUGAAGUGGUGUGUCGGAUGCAGUCAAAGGAAAAGGAUUUAAACCUCCACAUCCUACCACCUAAGAACCGUAUAUCAGCCACACAGCUAGCCGACACGCUUAGACAGACAAACAAACACCUAUUAGUCGAUGUCCGGAGCGAGUCAGAGUUCGACAUGUGUAAACUAGAUGGCGCUGUCAACUAUCCGCUUGAAAAGUUACAUCGGAACAAUCUGGAUGAGCUUUUGAGGCAAACACAAAAUUUUAUUUCAGUAACAUUCAUAUGCAGAAGAGGCAACGAUUCUCAAAUCGCAGCUAAGAAGGUUCUAGAUCUUCUAGAAGAUGAACACAAAGAGAAGAUAACAGAUCUGACGGGAGGAUUACACGCUUGGUCGAAAUACGUGGACGGGGAGUUCCCUGUAUACUAGUGAUGCCAUCUAUUGGCGGUUUUUGUUAUUUGUGCAAUAAAUUUCCUUUCUGUUUGGUUA